AUGUCCCUGCAGCCCGCAGCACUAGCUCCCACAGCGCAUCUGCCCAUCGCCAUGCAAGAUCUCAAGAAUGUCCAGGUCCAGACUAACUUCAUCCCAGUCCUCCAUGACCAGCUCCUGGCCGCCCAACACCUCCAUCAAGCCCACCACGCGCCGCCUCCACCCCGUCCCACCCCCGGCGCAACAGCUACCCACCUCCCGUCCUCCUCCGCCAAUCCCCGUGACCAGAAUAACAUCACCAUCGAUCCCGCUAUCGCCGGCCCCUCCGCCAUGCUUCACAUCACUGCAAACCCCCAACAGCCCUCCGAUCCUGUCGGGACUCAGGAUGACCACACCGCCGAAGGGCGCAAGACAUAUGGCAAACGCGAGCUGUCGACUUCGAAGCGCGCGGCGCAGAAUCGUGCUGCUCAGCGCGCCUUCCGCCAACGUAAAGAAGGUUACAUCCGCAAACUAGAAGAACAAGUAAAAGACUACGAACUCCUCGUCGAAAACUACAAAGCCAUCCAGGCCGAAAACUACCAGCUGCGCGAAUACAUCAUCUCCCUCCAAUCCCGCCUCAUCGACUCCCAAAACGAAGUCCCAGAGCUCCCCGGCAACAUCGACCUCUCCCAACCCCGCAACGACCCCCCCGCCCCCGUCGUUCCGGGUGCCGCUAGCUCUGCAGCUGCAGCCGCCGCCGCCGCCGCCGCCGCCGCUGCCGCUGCCGCUGCUGCUGCCACUGGCGCUGCUCCUGCUGGUAUCCCGACUGCGACUCCUGCAGAUCAACCUGAGCAGGUUAAUGCGCUGAAUCGCAUUGCGGUGGCUGGGUUGGGGAUGCGGAAGCACCAGCACGAUGAGGCGGCAUUUUUAAGUGCUGGGAAUGCGGCGGCUGCUGGUGCUGGUGCUGCGGGAAACAAUGGGAGUGUGGGGGUUGCGAUGGGGGUGGGGGUGACUGGGGGCGCGGAGUUGCCGUCCAAGCGGAUUCGGUUUGAGGGGUUGUCGGAUGCGGCGGAGCAGGGGAAGGUGGGGAUAUUCCUGCUUCAUGGACGUGAAAGAUAG